GUGUUUAGCGAGAGAGAGGGCGGGACCUUAGAUAUAGGCAUAUCCGGUGUGUGUCCCUGACAUGUUUCAGAUGCUUUGUCAAAUCCUUAAUCAGAUAAAUCGAUAUAUAUUUUACUUUUUGUGCGUUACUCUCGUCCUGCCUUUAUUGAUGUCACUCUAUGGAUUGUUAUUUGAAUAGACAGCUCAAAGGGAUAUGGGACCGGAACUGGAAUUGGGAUACACCGGGUUAACGUUACACUUCAGGAUCCUCUCUCAGCCUUCCUUUUGUCUGAAAACUUGUAGGCAAAUUCUACGGCUGUUUCGUCAAUAGAGAGCUACCAUACGAACAUGCUAACGGCUAGCUAGCCGAUCAAGUGAAUACGUCAACAGCCCAAACAACAAGAUAAGUUGUCGUUUUUUCAGGGUUUACGACACAACAUCGAGUUUCAGUGCGAUUGAAUUAUCUUUCUCUACACGGACGACUUCCCUCUGGCUAUUUGAGGUAAUAUCGAUGCUAGCAGCUAGCCGCACCGUGUAGCUCAAUGCGGGUCACUAGCAUGGACCUGUUGGACCCCCAGUUCCUGGAUAAAAUGAACAACAACAUUGGAAGGCUGCAUUACGAAGGUGACGCCAGGAUACCCUCGCUGCCCAGCACCAUGCCCCACAUGAGAACAGGCCCUCCGCCCAUCUGUCCAAGCAAAAGGAAGUACGGCGAGGAGAAGAUGGACGACCACAUCGAGUGUGACACGGACCAUGGCAACAAAAUGAGCAGGCUCUUUGCAACACAACUAGCCCAGCAUUCUGGCGGAGACAAUCGCAACGAACACUGGAGCCUCAAUCACAGCCCCGCCGAGUGCAUCACGUCCUCCUCCAACGGGCUGUACCACCGGUACGGCUCCGCCCCCGACUACGCCAUGGAGCAGCCCCUCGCUUUAACCAAAAGCAGCCCCCCCUCGGGGAUGGGGGGCGGAGAGAGGUCUGGAUUUGCUGGUCCAGCGGAGCGCCAACAGAACCGCCCCUCUGUCAUCACCUGCGCCCCGGCCAGCAGCCGGAACUGCAACAUGUCUCAGUGCCACAUGAACGGCUGCCCGCCCAACCCAGCAGCCGACCAGAGAAAGGCCAACGUCAACACCGUCUGCGACCCCGUGAUCGAGGAGCACUUCCGCCGCAGCCUGGGGAAGAACUACAAGGAGCCCGAGCCAGUCCCCCGGCCGGUGUCCAUCACCGACUCGGUGGACGACCACUUCGCCAAAGCCCUGGGGGAGACCUGGCUGCAGAUCAAGGCCAAGGGCGGGGGCCCGCAGAGCCCCGAGUCCGACUCGUGAGGCGGUAGGGGAGGCGGCCCCCUCGCUGGACGGCCGUGCUGAAUCACAGUGGCUCCCUCCAGGGGCCGCCGUGCCCGCCUAGCACCAGAGGGCUGUGAGUAUUGUAAGAGAAGUGUUAGAGUGGAACUUGCCUGUAGAGGUGGGUCAUGUGUGGGCCUUGAGGGUCUGAACAAAACAAAAUUCACACGUGGUCUUUGUUUCUUUUUUUGUUGUCAAGAAGGGGUGUACGUGUCCUAAAGUGUGGACCCUCCAUGAUUGAUUGUCCCGCGUUGGGGGGACUGUACAAUCGGGUAACAUUUUUUGCUUCACACUAAGAAACGUCUGAACACGUUCUGUAUUAACUGCUCUUCUCCUGCCUUGUGAACCAAAGAAAUCUCCCCCCCCCCUUCCCUCCAAACAUACACAAGCCAUAGGUUUGGCUCAUCUUUGCAUAGCUCAAACUUUCUUUCACCCUAUGUUUGUAGAGCCCUUCUUCUCAUAAAGCUUUAGUUUCUUUUUUUGUUUUUUUGUUAU